AUGUCGAAUACAAAUCAAAAUCAAUCCGAAAUCGAUGAAAAUUCUAAUUUACAACAACAAGAAAAUUUAAUUUUUCAACAAAGAACAAUAUCAAAUAAUCUUAAUCCUCGUAUUCGAGAACGUCAAUCAUCUGUUCUAUUUAGAAUAUUAAUGAUUUAUUUCAUUACAUUAUUUUUUCGUCGACCAACAACAGUUCAUUCAAUAGUAAAUAGAAGAUUAUCAAUUAAUAAUCCAUCAAUUUCUAAUACUGUUUCUAUGCGUGAAAAUCUUUAUACAACUAGUGAUUCACUCACAUCAGAAGGAACAUAUAUGAAAUUUAUUGAAUUUCCUAUUUCAGAAAAUAUAAAAAAUAAUGGUUCUGGAAAAAAAGCUGAUGAUAAUGUCGUCGAACCUUUAUCACAUUGGCAUUCGAAUAUUACAAUUGAUUUACUCGAUGAUCAAUCAUUAUAA